AAUUCUGAUAAUAGUUUAGUUUCAUUGUAUUGCGGAUUGCGGAUAUUUUGCCUCCAAUUUAUUGUUUACUUAUUAGUUAUUAGUUAUUACUUCACAUUUUUCAGUGUGUCUAUAAUAGUGUAAUGUCUGUAUUCAGUGUAUUCUACCCAUAAUCUUGUGAGUUGUGAUCAAAUUUUUAGACUGUGGUUCGAUGCUCCAUGGUGCCGGGCCCAGGUCAAUUCGUUGUUAUAGCUGAUUAACUGCUUCAUUUUUCUAUUUCACUCAUUGUCUUUUGUCGGCAUCGAAUACGAAUAUAAUAUAAUAUGAUAUAGUCGUUGGUCAACAAUCCGACACUCUGCACUCUGUCUUCGUCUAAUUUUUUAAUAACUUUCUGAUCAUGAUACAACUCACUUGAAUUUUGAAGUUUCGUUGACAGAAUUUUGUUUACUGCAGUUAUUCUGUAAUUUAAAUAAAGAUUAGUGAAAAUUCAAAUUUUUUUAAAUAAAAAUACUAAUUAUGGAAAUCGAAGAGUGUCCAUAUCGUGCUGAAUACGCUAAAAGUGGUAGAUCAAAAUGUAAAGGAUGUAAGGAAGGUAUUGAAAAGGAUCAUCUUAGACUCGCUGUUAUGAUUCAAUCUCCUAUGUUUGAUGGUAAACAGCCAAAUUGGUACCAUUUCAAUUGUUUUUUUGCAAAACAACGACCUAAAACAGUUGGUGAUAUUGGUCAUUUUGAUUCAAUUAGAUGGGAAGAUCAAAAAAAAAUCAAGACUAAAUUAGAAUCUCUUGUUGGAACUGCUGAUCCUGUAUCAACAAAGAAAAAAUCAAAUGGAAAAAAAAAGGAGGACACAAAUUUUAAUGUGGAAUAUGCAAAAUCCGGACGAGCUGUUUGUUGUGGGUGUCAAGAAAAAAUUAUAAAAGAGGAUAUUCGUAUAGGAAAAAUGGAUUAUGAUAGUGACGAAGGUCGACGUUUCGGUGGUAUAAAUAGAUGGCACCAUUUAGAAUGUUUUGUUAAACUUAGGCAAGAUUUAGGAUUCUUGGAUCUUGCUUCCUCUCUAUCUGGCUUCAUUAACUUAAAUGAAGUAGAUAAAACUAAUCUUAUAAAUUUGUUGCCUAGAAUGUCUACUACAACGACUAAUAUUGUUGGUAAUUUAGAUGAAACUGAUGGACCCAGUUCAAGUAAAAAAAUGAAGUCUAAUGAUCACUCAGAUUUGGAAAUAAAAAAACAAAAUAAAUUGAUAUUCAAAUAUAGAGAUUAUUUAAAAUCGUGUUCUGUUAAAAUAUGUAAAGAACUUUUGGAGUAUAAUAAACAAGAAGUACCAGAGUCAAAUAUCGGGGCGAUAUAUGAUAGAUUAUCAGAUUUAAUGGCUUUUGGUGCAUUACUUCCUUGUGAUGAAUGUGAAGGUCAAUUAGUUUUUAGAAGUGGUAUUGGAUAUCAAUGUUUAGGAUAUAAAAAUGAGUGGUUAAAAUGUGAAAAAGUUAUGGUUGAACCACAUCGUGUGGAGUUCAAAAUUCCUAAGCAUAUUCUUGAAAAAGAUGAUUUUCUUAAAAAGUAUAAGUGCAAAAUACUGAAUCGUUUGUUUGAAAAAUCUGAUAGAACUUCUAUAACGCAAUCAUCUACCACGCAAAAUGAUAAGGGCCUAGUAAAAGUAACUCGUAUUCUUCCACUAAAAAAUAUGGAGUUUACAACUUCAUUAAAAGGCUUAGAACUGAAACAAAUUAAACUUAAAGUUGCAAAAUUUGGUGGUACAUUAAUUUCUCAUUGUACUAAUAAUGUUGCAGCUGUUUUUGCAAACACAGACAGCAUCAUUAAAAAGAAUGUGAAGAUAAAAGAAGCCGAAAGUUUCGAAAUAGAAGUUGUUGAACCUACUCAAUUUUUUGAUGCUAUUGAUAAAGGUGGCAAUGCAAUUGAAUUGAUAACUAUACUAAACUCUGCACCUUGGGGAGGAAAAGCCAAAGAAAGAAUUGAAAAAAGACAAAAAGAAUUGGAAUUAGAUUAUAAAAAUAAAAGCAAUUUAAAAAGUAAAAUAUCAGGAAAAAGUAUGUAUGAGAAAAGUGUACCAACAAGUGUGAAGUUGACCUUAAAAGGUGGUAUUGCCGUUGAACCACAKUMUGCACUUGAACAUAAAGCUCAUGUUUAUAAGCAAAAUAAUGAAGUAUGGAAUGCAAAUUUGUGUCUUUCUGAUGUGCUGACCGGUAAAAACUCAUAUUAUAAAUUGCAAUUAUUAGAGUCUGACAAUAAUAACAGGUAUUGGGUAUUCCGUUCUUGGGGAAGAAUUGGUACCACUAUAGGAGGUUUUAAGACAAUUGAGCAUAAAUCGUUACAAGAGGCCAAACAAAGUUUUGAAUUAUUUUAUGAAGAUCAAACUGGAAAUGCAUGGAGAAAUAGAAAUCAUUUUGUAAAAAUGCCUGGUAAAAAAGUUCCUGUUGAAACUGAUUAUGGACAGGAUGAAUCCAAAACUCUUGAUUCUAUUAGUAAUAUACCAUGUAAGUUACCUGAACCAGUACAAAGGCUGAUUCGUUUACUAUUUGAUGUUGAAUCUAUGAAAAAAGUUAUGUACGAAUUUGAAUUGGAUUUACAAAAAAUGCCACUGGGAAAAUUGAGUCGCAACCAAUUGCAACAAGCAUACAGUACAUUGAGUGAAUUAAAUAGUAUAAUAGAUUUGAACGACGAAAAAAAUAAAAGAGACAAUGUGGUCAUGGCUACUAACAAGUUUUAUUCUCUGAUACCACAUGACUUUGGCAUUAAAACACCACAGCUUAUUGAUUCAAAAGAAAUUCUUAAUUCAAAGUUAGAAAUGAUAGGAAGCCUGAUGGAAAUCCAAAUUGCAUACAGCAUGAUGGACAAUAAAACUUCUGAAGAAUCUAUGUUACAUCCUCUUGAUACUCAUUUUAUGAAAUUAAAUUGUGCUAUUGAUGUAUUGCAUUCUGAUAUGAAUGAGUUUACCUUCAUUCAACAGUACAUAAUAAAUACUCAUGCCGAAACUCAUAGCUCUUAUUCUUUAAAUAUCUCAGAUGUUUUUAAAGUAAUUAGAUCUGGCGAAGAAAAACGAUUUAAGCCAUUUAAAAAAUUGCACAAUCGUAAACUAUUGUGGCAUGGUUCACGUAUCACUAAUUUUGCAGCUAUACUUUCUCAAGGUUUACGCAUUGCUCCCAAAGAAGCUCCAGUUACCGGUUACAUGUUUGGUAAAGGAAUAUAUUUUGCUGACAUGGUGUCAAAAUCUGCCAAUUAUUGUAUGGCGUCUCAUGGCAAUAAUACCGGCUUAUUACUAUUGUGUGAAGUUGCACUGGGUAACAUGGUUGAGUGUAAAGCAUCCGAGUACAUAGAAAAAUUACCGUCUGGAAAGCACAGCUGUAUGGGAAUUGGUAGAACAAAACCUGAUCCUGCUGAAUCAUUAUUUAUCGAAGAUAAAAUUGAAGUGCCCCUUGGGAAACCAAUUUCUUCAAAUAUCGACGAUACAUCAUUACUAUACAAUGAAUUUAUUGUCUAUGACAUAUCACAGGUUAAAAUUCGUUACUUAGUCAAAGUGGAUUUCAAUUUUAAUUACUAGAAGUUAAAUUAAAAUGUAUGUUAAAUUACCUCAUUAUUAUUAAUUAUUAUUAUUAUUAUAUUUUUUUUUUACUUAAAGGUAACAUUUUUUUUUAUCCAUUAAAAGUAAGUUUGUAUUCUGUAUUUCUGAAGGUUACUGAAAUAAAUGUAAAAUUUCAAAGUAAAAAUUGAUUUAACUUGAUCUGUAAACAAUUAACACAUAUUAUAAUUUAUAACUACAUUAAUCAUUAAAUAUAAUUUAAUAACAGCUAUUAGUUAAUGAAAUAUCAAACUCAAACCAUUCAGAACCACUAUUGUUUCACCAGUAAGGAUAAAUUAUAAAUGCAUUCUGUCUGGUCUGUUGAAAAAUCACUUCACAAUGUAUAACAGUUUCUCUCUUAUAAUUAGUGCCAUCCCCCCUCUCCCAUGUUUUAGUCAACAUUUUUUAAAUUUAUUUUUAUAAGGCAUUACAAUCUAAUUUUAGCUAGAACGAUAAGUAAAUGUGGAUAAAGUAAUUACACUUGAAUCUUUCGAUGGAAGAAGCCACCCAUUAGUGACCCUACCUAUUUUGAAUUUUAGAUUAAUAAAUCUUAAAUAACAUGCAU